AUGGCCGAAUCUCAGCAUGCUUCUCCUCCGCCGAGGUUUGGAUGGAUAGGCCUUGGAUCAAUGGGCCUAGCCAUGGCCACAAACCUCCAAAAGCACCUGCAGUCCCUCGGCGCGCGCGACCUGCAUUACACCAACCGCACCAUGUCCCGCGGCGCACCCCUGCAGGACCUCGGCGCCGUCCCGUGCACCAGCAUAGCCGACCUCGUAGCAUCUUCCGACGUCAUCUUCCUGUCUUUAAGCGACGACAAGGCGCUAUCCGCGACCCUGGACGGCAUCCUGAGCAGCCCUUGCGAUCUGGCCGGCAAAAUCGUCGUCGACACGUCGACCGUCCUCCCGGCGUCGUCGGCACGUGCGGCGACGCGGCUGCGCGCGAAUGGCGCCGAGCUCGUCGCUGCGCCCGUCUUCGGGGCCAGCCCUGUUGCUGCGCAGGGCCAGUUGCUGUUUAUUAUCGCUGGCCCGGAUGCGGCUGUUGAAGCGUUUGAGCCGUUUGUUGUGGGAGUUAUGGGGAGGGGGAUUAUCCGUCUGGGUGAAGAUGUGCGGAAGGCGAGUAUGAUGAAGACGGCGGGCAAUUUUGUCACUGCUGGAAUGAUGGAGUUGAUUGCGGAGGCCCAUGUGUUCGCUGAGAAGACUGGGCUGGGGAGCGAGGCGAUGGAAGCUCUCUUUGAGCAGCAGUAUGGACCGUUGGCGUUCAACAUGUCAAAAAGAUUAACUUCUGGUGCUUACAUGCCUCCGAAAGGUGAGCGGCCAUGGUCAAGUCUCGAUCUUGCCUUGAAGGAUGUUGGACAUGGAAUUAGAUGUGCAAGAGAAUCCGGGUCCCGAUUAGAAGUUGGUGAAGUGGCAUUGCGGCAUUUGGAAGAGGCAAAAGACUUCUCCGAUGCUCAUGGCCGGCCGCUUGAUUCUUCGUCUAUGUACGGUGUGCUGAGACAACAAGCCGGUCUGCCAUUUGAAACAGAUUUUGUGCAAAAGCGGGAUUCGGGCGACGCAUAA